GUGGAUUCUGUGAGAAAAUUUGUUUACUAAAGCACACAACAUUUUGUUUUGUUUUCCCAGUGUUGUGGAGAAGUAAAUUACAUGUAAUUUAAUGUUUCAUAUUGAAAAGCUUUGCCGUUGUUCACCUUCUCCCACUCUAAAUGAAUUGAUAGCUUGCAAAGUUAUGUUAUAAAGAUACUCCCUCAACACUGUCCUUUAUUUUCAUAACUGUUACUUCAUCAAGCGUUACAACUGCAGAAGAAUGAUACCAGUUUGUAUGUUUGUUCUUUAGCACCAUCUACAGAUCAGUCAGUGAAAAUAACUAUGGGUGCCUUAUGGAGCAUUCAAGUGGACCCCCCACCACCCAGACCCCCAAGACUAUCAGUUGGAUUCACAGUAACACAGGCUGUCUGCAUACUGGCACGAGUCGCCUUUGGUGCUGUGUAUUUCAAGGACUGCCCUGAGCAACCUAACAUUCCCAACUACCUGUUAGGGCUGGCUUUGGCACAGCUGCUGAUGAUACCAUUUGUGACCCUCCCGUGUGAGAGCCAUGCAGCUCAGUCACAGGAGCAGCCCAAAGGAUUCAAAGCCUGUCUGCAGUGUUUAAUAGGCCUGUUUCUUUUCCCAUGGAUCCUGGCAGGUGACGUGUGGGUCUUCUCAGUUUAUCAGCCCAACUAUGAUCCUGCAGCUGCUGACGGUGUUUACUGUGAUAAGACUCUGUACACAUUUGCUUUCUGGAACGCUGUCUGGGAGACUUUUGCAAUUUUUGUCCUCCUGGCCCGUCUCUGCAAAGGACUGGUGUUCUGUGUGACGAUGAGUCCUGCACCAGCAAACAGAAACCUUUAUGGGAAUGUAUGA